GCGACCGGAGCGCUCCACGCAAAAUGCAGUGCUAGAGGUUAGUGAUUCGGUUACAAAGUUGUAUGAUCUGCCUAUAUUUUCCGGUAACACCGAAGACUGGCCGCUCUUCUUAGCAAACUACAAAGAUACGACCGAAACGUUUCGCUAUAGUAACCGACAUAACCUAAUGCGGUUACACAAAUGUUUAGUUGGUCGUGCUAGAGAAACAGUUGCUUCCAUGUUGAUCUAUCCCGAUGACGUGCCGAAUGCUAUAGCUGAGCUGGAGUUCCAGUUUGGUCGGCCAGACCUUUUAGUGCGAAGCCAGCUUCUUAAAAUUCAGCAAUUUCAAACUAUCGCUGAAAACAAAGUGGAGCAAAUUUUAGCGUUUUCAACAAGAACAAGAAACGUUGUUGCGUUUCUAACGUCAGCUAAGUGUGAGCAUCACCUCGCUAACACGACACUGUUGGAGCAGUUAGUAACUAAGCUACCGCCAAGCAAGCAAUUCGAGUGGACCAGAUAUGCCGUAAAUUUAAAGCCGUAUCACAAUUAAAGAGUUUUCGAGCUGGUUA